GGAAAACCAACGAAAGAGGCCGCCCAUCUCACGCGGUGCAUUUCAGAAUUUCAGACAGCGAAAACAAACUCGGCCAGCUCGACCAUCUCCCUCCUCAUCCUCCGGUCGGCUCCCCGCCGCCGUCAUCGAAGCCCUGCCUCCUCCCCCACGAAUCUCUGCGCGAGCUCGGCCUAGCUGCGCGCGGAGGCUCGAAUCUUCCCUUUCGCUGGCUCGAGGAAGCUGUAGCUAGGAAGACUCAGGUUUGCUCCAGGGCGAGAUUCAACGGCGAGGCUGAUUGGUCCGGCGCGAGGAAGAGACGAUGAAGGGGAAGGGCGCGGCGAUGGAGCGGAGGUCCUCGGCGAGGUGGAGGCUGCUGCUGCUCUGCGUUUUCAGCUUCGGCCUCGGCAUGCUCUUCACGAGCCGCUUCUGGACAGCACCAGAUACCAGUAACCACAUCAUGUCUCAACGCAGGAGGCAGGAUCAGGAGUUGCAACUCGUGUCAGAGGAUUGCAAUACAAAGAGGAAGCAUGGGGCAGACAAGGAUAUAAUGGGAGAGGUAACCAGGACCCACGAAGCCAUACAAUUGUUGGAUAAGUCAAUCUCAACGCUGCAGAUGGAGCUUGCAGCAAAGCGUAGCACACUAGAACUGCUCCACUCUGGUGUGCCAGUAACUUCAGAAAAUAGCCAACCGAGGAAAAAGGCAUUUGUGGUGGUUGGAGUUAACACUGCAUUCAGCAGUCGGAAGCGCCGAGAUUCAGUCCGGGAGACAUGGAUGCCUCAAGGUGAAAAACUGCUGCAGCUUGAAGAACAAAAGGGGAUAGUCAUACGCUUCACUAUAGGCCAUAGUGCUACAUCAAAUAGUAUAUUGGACAAAGCUAUAGAUGCAGAAGAGGCACAGCAUCAUGACUUUCUUAGACUCGACCAUGUUGAAGGGUAUCAUGAACUCUCAGCAAAGACAAAAAUAUUUUUCUCCACAGCUGUGGGCAUUUGGGAUGCUGACUUCUACGUCAAGGUCGAUGACGAUGUGCACGUGAACUUAGGAAUGCUUGCCACUACCCUUGCGCGGCAUAAAUCGAAACCAAGAACUUAUAUCGGCUGCAUGAAGUCGGGGCCUGUUCUUGCUGACAAGAAUUUGAAGUACCAUGAACCUGAGUCCUGGAAAUUUGGGGAGGAUGGGAAUAAGUACUUUCGUCAUGCUACUGGACAGAUAUAUGCCAUCUCAAAAGAUCUUGCGACCUAUGUCUCAAUCAAUCAGCAUAUCCUACACAAGUAUGCAAAUGAAGAUGUAUCACUUGGGUCGUGGUUUAUUGGGCUAGAGGUUAAUCAUAUCGAUGAAAGGAGCAUGUGCUGUGGAACUCCUCCAGAUUGUGAGUGGAAAGGGCAAGCCGGCAAUGUUUGCGUCGCGUCCUUUGACUGGAGCUGCAGCGGCAUAUGCAAGUCUGUCGACAGGCUCAAGGAUGUACAUGCUCGAUGCGGGGAAGGCGAUUCUUCUGUUUGGAGUGCUCUAAUCUAGCGAACGCCCUCCCUUGUGCGUAAAUAUGUAGCAUACUCGGUGCAUCCUCACGAUUGACAUCUACGAUGGGCAACGACUGCUCAGGCUGCCUCAAGAAGACUGACGAUUGUACCUCAACGAUGGGCAACGACUGCUCAGGCUGCCUCAAGAAGACUGACGAUUGUACCUCAAUGCCUAUACCUCGAAUUGUGCUGAUGGACUCGAUUUCUCAUAGUUUUGGACACGUGUAGCUUGGAUGAUACUGGAUUUCAGUAGAUGCGAAUUGCUUUGUGUCACCACAGGUGACUUGGAUAGUGUUAGAAGAGAGACCAAAAUGGGUUUUGAAUCUUACAUGUAGUGGUGGUGAGUUUCUCAGCUUCUGUGUAACGAAGUAGAGAUCAUGUGCUGUAGAAAAACAUCAUCUCACGCAAUUUUUGAUGAAUUCUUUUGUGCAAAUUCGUCUGGU